GCAGAAAACUUGAAUUAAUAGAUACACCAAGGAGCUCGUACAUGUACAUGUAUGUAGUCACAGGGAAAUUUAUGAGACAAGAUGGAUUAAUUACCCUAUUCUAUAAAUGAUAGGACUUAACGAGCGAGGAAUUCUGGUUACCUGGGCAGGCAGAGAAGUGACAAACGACACACUGAGCUGCCAUGAAUAUUCCUGUUUAUUUCCAAGUGUUCUUUAUUUCGGCGGUGGUCACCAUGCAGAAAGCGAAAUGGCCGUGUGGUUAUGACCACCAAGCAUGCAGUGCUCAGGAGUAUGUACAAGGUAGUUUCGCUUUUCCUGGAGAUUGUAGAAAAUACUUCGUCUGUGCACAAAACAGAGACCGUAGAAGCUACUCCUGGAAGGCACUCAGAUGUAACAGGCAUUUCGCUUUUAUAGUAAGCCAUGGCUACUAUAGAGGGAGCUGUAUGCGGGGUUUUAGAUGCAGCCCCGUGACUUGUGUGACGACAACAUCAACAUCAACAACUACUACAACAACAACAGCAGCAACAACAAAAAUAACAACAAGACAACCAAGGACAUCGGUUACAGUAACAGUACGUCCAUCAACUACUUCAAGAGUUACAACAACUUUAGAAAGCACGGCAGCUUCAGCCGCAACCACCAUUUCAGAAUCCCAUUCCAUUACGUCACUUCUCCCAGACAUGCCUACAGCAGUGCCAUCUGGCAACGAAACUACACCAGUGCUUACGUCAGAUGACGUAAGAACGUCCAGCGCUGCCAUAGUGGCCGGAGUGCUGACGGCUUUCUUCAUUGCAGUACUCACAAUGUUUGCAGUGCUUUGGUGGAAAAAACGAGAGCACGUCAAGAAGAUUUUUAAAUGUUCAACCAAGAGAAAGGGGAUUGCAAAAUCAAACCCGAUGCAUGAUCGUAACACGUAUCAAAACCCAUCUGAAGUCAUUUUCUCCGAUCUAAAGCUGACAGAGGACCAAAUCAACGAACCAAGUCCCAGAGAAACCACACAGCAAAGACACAACACAUCUGCCAAGGACAAAAAUAUGGCAGAACUCACUUACCAAAACAUCCCCCUUUACCACACCGCUCUUCCUGUGGACAAGAAAAAUAAUUCUGAUCAGUUACAUUUGAAAGACAACUCCCUUUAUGGCCGCGGAGAUGACCGGAGAAGUAGCACCGACAGUCGGGCAGUUCUUUUGUCGGAUGACUCAGAGGGUAAUAUAAAGGGGACGUAUGCACAAACUUAUAAGGCCAGACAGGGCAAUGAACCAGUAGAAAUGAGAGAGAAUUCCCUCUACCUAGGUGGACCGGAGAGCCCAAUAUACCAUGUCCCAAUAACUCCUCCCACCCAGGGGGAAAAUGGUAACAACGUGUAUUCCUAUGCGUACUCGCACCAAAACUCUGCGUUGGACAGAACGCGGUUUAAAGAGUGUGGAAAUGGGAGCGAAUAUGAGGAUCUGUCACGUGAGCACGUGGACGGUGAUGUUUAUUACAGCAGGAUUUCUGAGGGUAUGAAAUACGAGAAAAUUGGUCUGGCAGAUAUCAACGAGACAGAACCUUGUUAUUUAGAAUUAAUUAGUUACAAUACACCAACUUCAAAAUAAUUUAUUUUAAUUUUCAGUUUGAUAUUAUAUGUGCAUAAUGACCUUGUGCUUGUGUGAGUGUAUGAGAGAGAGAGAGAGAGAGAGAGAGAGAGUGUGUGUGUGUGUCAAUAGACACGAUGACAUGACAUUCGAGUUUGAAUUUUAUAUUAAUCUGCAAAAAGACUAUCAGUGCUUACUACCGGUUAUAUGCAAUGCCAAGCGAGUGAAACAACUGGUCUAACUAUCACAGAACGGUGAAUUCCUUUCGAAUUCUUUAAUUCUGAAAUAAAACAAAAGAAAAACUAUCUGUGAUAGUUGAAUCUUGUAUUAUACUUAUAUGCUUAAGCCUGACAACUGUAUUUCUAUUAUUGUUAUAAUAAAAUAUUCACCGUUUGGGGACAAUUUUUCUAGAGAACUAAUUUUUAAGUUGAGUCAGCAUUGAUAAGAAGACUAACUGCAAAUUAAUCCUGAGUUCGAAUUAUAAGAUAAGUGAAUUUAAAACAGAGUAGGUCAAGAUGAGUAAAUACACUUGAGAAGGGUCUAUCUCUAAUACAGCCCUGCUUGAAUAAACGUGAG